AUGUCAGCCUUAACCAGGGCGCGGACGUGGUCGACGAACAGACACGACCAGGAACAAGCGCAGGCAGCGGCAGCAAGACACGUCUCUUCUGCCACCACCGCCACGACCACGACCACCAGGUUCAACACCGAGUACCUCGCCGUCGCCAGAGAUGGCCGCCUCGCAAAGGACACGAGCUACGUCAGGCGCGCCUCCGCCGACAGCAUGUGCGACGCCGACGCGGACCCCGAGGCGGACCCCGUAGCCCACCCGAGCUUCCUCCAGCCGCGCGUGGCCGCCGUGCUGGGCGUCGAGGAGUGGUGGCACCCCGUGCUGUUCUCGCUGCGGCUGCUGUCGAUCCUGCCGUCCAUCUACCUGUGCUUCCCGGUCGCCAUCCGCUUCCUGCUCAAGCUACACACCUUCGCGACGUCGGGGGACGUCCCCACGCAGCCGGGGCGGACGCCCGGCGAGGACAGGCUGCUACUGACGGAGACCAUGCUUGCCAUCGUCUGGUGUGGCUGCUCGGGGUACCUCUCCUUCUUCUUCACGGACCGCCUCAUGUCCAGGUGGCUCGUAAACUACACGCCAUCCGCGACUGCCUUCCGUCUCGUCUCCGUCUCCGCCCUGAACGGCUACCUACAAUCAUGGACACUAGAUCUAAGCGGUAGCUCGCAGGAUCCCUUCCUGCUGCUCCCGACUUGGAUAAUCAUCACGAGCACUCUCACCCUCGUAUAUCACAUAACACAGCGCAAGAUCAACAUCCUCAAGGAAACAUCGACCUCGAUCAGCGUCUUCUCCAUGGCGAGCUACAUUAGCAUGGUUGCCCUCUUGAUACAGCAGCAUUGGGACCGGGAUUGGUUCGAUUUGCCAUUUGUUGCGUUGGGGUACCGGUUGUUGCGACAAGGAGGGGAGUUGGUGGUGAGCGUGGCCAACUUCGCGAAUAUCACGGUCGAACCUUGA